AUGUCAGAAUUCUUAGGAUCACGCAUCUCCCUCAUUUCCAAAAGCGACAUUCGAUAUGUCGGCGUUCUCCACGAGAUCAACUCAGAUGAGUCGACCGUGUCGCUCGAGAAUGUUCGCUCCUUCGGCACAGAAGGCCGAAGGAGUAGACCCGAAGAAGAGAUAGCACCCUCCGAUCAGGUUUACGAUUACAUCAUUUUCCGCGGCAGCGAUGUCAAGGACUUGAGGAUCGAGGAUCACCCAGGCAUCAAGGAGAACAAGCCUCCUGCCAUGCCAGAGGACCCCGCCAUUGUCAACGCCCGACCUCGUCCUGGACAAGGGCCCAACAGUCAACCACCACCGGCACCUGGCUUUGGCCAACCUCCCUUCCAGAACAACUUCUACCCGCCUCCUGGCCCAUGGGGUCCUGCUCCGGGCCGCGGCGGUCCUGGCGCUGGAAUGGGUGGCAUGCCGUACCCUCCGCCACCGGGUUGGUUUCCUCCCGGUCCUCCGGGUCAAGGCUUCCCUCCCGGACCUGACCAAUGGAACUACAACUACCCUCCAGGACCUCCCGGACCUCGUGGGCCUCCUGGACCUCCGGGGCCUGGUGGCGCGCCCGGCCAGGCUCUCGAGAGUCGUGACACCCCCGGUGGCCACGAGUCAAAGCCUACGCCAGUUGGCGCUGCUGGUGACAAGCAGAAGCCUGUGAGCCCGGCCGCACAAGGAGUUCAGAGUGAAUCUAAGCCGGGCCCUGCUGCUGGCCUGCAGCAGGGACCUGCACCUACCCCACCGGUAGAUUCGAAGCCCACUGCUGCUGAGGUGAAGGCUACCGCUGCGUCCUUGAACACAGCUGGCCCCUCCAAGCCUGUUGAGUUGCCAGUGCCUACGGGACCGAAGAAUCCGGCUCGUGUUCAGCCCGCCAUUCCUUUAGCGGGAUCUAUGCCCAAGGCAUUCCCUGUUCCUGUUAAUGAGAACAAUGCUGCUCAGACUGCACCCAGAAAUGCCGCCGCUCCAACUGCUGCAACUGUUCGUGAUGCGACUGAGGCAGCAAAGGCCGCCGUUGCUCUUGCUAUGGCCAACAUGAACGCUGGUGCUGCCGCUGUUUCUGCUGGUCCUCAGGGUAAUGGGAAUGCUAUGGACAACUUGACUAAGAAGGUGAGCGAGAUGAGAGUGAACGCUGCCCGUACCACACAGCCUGGCGGUGGUCGUGGCCGCGGCCGCGGUGGACGACAGGGUCAGGGUCAGUCCAAAGUGGAUGUUCCGGAAGCGGACUUUGAUUUCGCCCAAGCCAACGCGAAGUUCAACAAGGACGACCUGGUAAAGGAGGCCAUUGCUGGCUCUCCUUUGGGUGAAACCCCGGCCAACGGAGCGGCGGCUGAAGUUCCUGCCGCUGAAACAACUAGUACAAACCCUCCUAUUGCAUACAACAAGACCCGAUCAUUUUUCGACAAUAUCUCUAGCGAAGCCAAGGAUCGUGCCGAGAACAACGGCCAAAAGCCUGGUGGACGCGAAUGGCGCGGCGAGGAGCAGCGCAAGAACAUGGAGACCUUUGGCCAGGGUAGCGUUGAUGGCGGGUACCGGGGCUACCGUGGUAGAGGUCGUGGUCGCGGCCGCGGCUUUGGCGGCCGAGGUGGGAGAGCCGGAUACCGUGGUCGUGGCGCCCCAGGUGCCGCGCCGCCGGCGGCAAACUAG